AUGCCAACACUGCGAGAGGUUUUUGUCGCGGCGCUCAAGUCUUUGCUACGAGGCAAGACUUUCCUCCAGGCCCUGCUCGCCUUCUGGAUCAGCCCUGCCACAAUCAAGGACGCCGGGCCCGCGUCCCCGAUACCCAACGGAGACGAGGUGGCCUCCAAACCGCGCAGGUGUCCCGAGGACUUCCUCAGGGAGGCCGAGGAGGAGUUGCUGCAACCAGUCCGUCCCGACGGCCUGGGCGAGUUCUCAAGGGCGCUCAAGGCGCAGUUCAGGGAUGGCCUUCUGAACAACCCGGCCUGCAUGCUGCCGUCAUACAACCACCAGCUGCCGAGCCGCUUAGAAAACGGUCAGUAUCUCGCCCUCGACGUCGGCGGCUCGACACUGCGGGUGGCCCUGGUCCAGCUGCGGGGCCGGGAGGCCCGCGGCAGUGAGAGCCGCAUCGCCCGGCUGGACUCGUUCAAGAUCGACCCGUCCAUCAAGAAGCUCAAGGGCACUGCUUUCUUCGACUGGAUGGCGCAGAGGAUAGUGGACACAGUUUCCCAGGCCCUGGGUACGGAGAACAGCCCCGAGAAGCCGCUGCUCAUGGGGCUGGCCUGGAGUUUCCCGAUCGAGCAGACCUCCCACAAGGGCGGCAAGCUGCAGGGCAUGGGCAAGGGCUUCCUGGCCGCCGAUGGCCUCCUCGGCCACGACCUUGGGGACAUCAUCAGGACGGCCUGCGAGACCAAGGGCCUCCACGUGGAGCUAGCCGCCAUCGUGAACGACUCGUCCGCCUGCCUCCUGUCCGAGGCCUACCUGAACUCGUCGACGCGUUUCGGCCUGAUACUGGGCACCGGCGUUAACAUCGCCGUCCAUCUACCCGUGCCCACCAUCGGCCGGGAAAAGUUCGGCAGCCGGCCCGACUUCUGGUUCGACAAGGCAAGUCACGUCAUCGUCAACACGGAGCUGGGCAUGUUCGGCAAGGGGAUAUUGCCCGUGACCCGAUGGGACAAGUCCCUCAACGCCGCGCACCCCAAGCCCGACUUCCAGCCGCUGGAACACAUGGUCAGCGGGUUCUACCUGGGCGAGAUGUGCAGGCUGGCGCUCAUCGAGGCCAUCAGCACGACGGGUGUGCUGGGUGGCGUUGUGCCCCCAUCGUUGCACCUUCCCUACUCACUCGACUCGGAAACAAUAUCCUUGAUAGAAGCAGACACAUCAUCAUCACUAAAACCCUCACUCACCGUCUUCCAAUCCCGCCACCCGUCACCCGUCGAGCCCACCACAGCAGACAUCACCUUCAUCCGCUCCCUUGCAUCAUACAUAUCGCGGCGCUCAGCCGCCAUCGUAGCAGCGUCCCUCUUCGCCCUCUGGCAAUUCAAAAACGAGGCCGAGGCCGACCUCCUGGCUUCCGCGCAGUCAGGCCCCUCCCACUUCGCCGCCACCGCCGCGCAGGGCGAGCUGAACCUCGAGGGCCACGUGGUCGCCUUCAACGGCUCCGUCAUCGAGCACUACCCCCGCUACCUCGAGAGCUGCCAGGGCUACAUCGACGGGCUCCUCUUGUCCUCCGGUGCCAGGGCCGGCACAAUCAGCCUCGCGGGGGCCAAGGAGAGCUCGCUGCUCGGGGCAGCGGUCGCGCUGGCUUGUCUGGAGGAGGGAAAGGCAAACUGA